AACCUGGGUCUGGCCCGGGAGGCUUGGGCGCGCGCAUCCAGCCUCGGCCACGCCAGGGACCGAGGGACGCAGGGAGGCGCGGCCACCGGCGGGACGGGAGCCUGGGCAAGGGGCCUCCGGCCGCUCACCAUGGUCAAGGGACGCUUCUCCAAGUUCCUGCAGAAAUUCGCCUUCUCGCGUGCGGGUCACCAGUACGAGCCGCUGGAGGGGGCCGAGUUGGAAACCUUGGUUGAUGAACAAUAUGAGCUGAAAGCCAUCGAGAAAGAGAAGACAGUUGUCGCCCUGCCCCCCAAGGAAGCGAGCAAAUGCCACAGAGAGGAUCUGGCCAAAGCAUUUUAUGUGGAUCUACAGACCGGCCUGUCGGAGUUCGCGGUCACGCAGCGCAGGCUGGUCCACGGCUGGAACGAGUUUGUCGCUGACAACACGGAACCCGUGUGGAAGAAAUACCUGGGUCAGUUUAAGAACCCCCUGAUCCUGCUGCUUCUGGCCUCUGCCCUGGUGAGCGUCCUUACGAGGGAGUAUGAGGAUGCCGUCAGCAUCGCCAUGGCCGUGCUCAUUGUGGUCACCGUCGCCUUUAUCCAGGAGUACAGGUCAGAGAAAUCUCUGGAAGAGCUGACCAAGCUGGUGCCUCCUGAAUGUAACUGCAUCAGGGAAGGGAAACUCCAGCAUCUGCUUGCACGCGACCUGGUGCCCGGAGACAUCGUGUCGCUCUCCAUCGGCGACCGGAUCCCUGCGGACAUCCGUCUCACGGAGGUCACAGACCUCCUGGUGGACGAGUCCAGUUUCACGGGGGAAGCCGAGCCGAGCAGUAAGACAGACACCCCGCUGACGGGCGGGGGCGACCUCACGACCCUCAGCAACAUCGUCUUCAUGGGGACCCUGGUGCAGUACGGGAAGGCACAGGGUGUCGUGAUCGGAACAGGAGAAAGGUCCCAGUUCGGAGAAGUGUUUAAGAUGAUGCAGGCCGAGGAGACGCCUAAAACUCCUCUGCAAAAAAGCAUGGACAAGCUGGGGAAACAGCUGACCCUCUUCUCAUUUGGCAUAAUUGGCCUGAUCAUGUUCACGGGCUGGUUGCAGGGGAAGCAGCUCCUCAGCAUGUUCACCAUCGGGGUCAGCCUGGCUGUGGCUGCCAUCCCCGAGGGUCUGCCCAUCGUUGUCACCGUCACGCUGGUCCUGGGCGUGCUGCGGAUGGCCAGGAAGCGGGUCAUUGUGAAGAAGCUGCCCAUCGUGGAGACUUUAGGUUGCUGCAAUGUCAUCUGUUCUGAUAAGACGGGGACUCUGACAGCCAAUGAAAUGACUGUCACCCAACUUGUCACGUCUGAUGGGCUCCAUGCCGAGGUCAGCGGUGUUGGCUACAACGGCGAAGGGACCGUCUGUCUCUUACCCUCAAAGGAAGUCAUUAAGGAGUUUUCUAACGUCUCAGUGGGGAAAUUAGUGGAGGCAGGCUGUGUCGCCAACAAUGCCAUCAUCAGGAAGAACACCGUGAUGGGGCAGCCCACCGAGGGCGCCUUGAUCGCCUUGGCAAUGAAGAUGGACUUAAGUGAAAUUAAAGAUUCAUACGUGAGGAAAAAAGAGAUUCCAUUCAGCUCGGAGCAGAAGUGGAUGGCGGUUCAGUGCAGCCCCAGAAAUGAGGAGCAGCAGGAAGACGUGCACUUCAUGAAGGGGGCCUUCGAGGAAGUCAUCCGCUACUGCACCACGUAUAACACGGGCGGCAUCCCUCUGCCGCUGACGCCCCAGCAGAGAGCCUUGUGGCAGCAGGAGGAGAAGAGGAUGGGGUCGCUUGGCCUGCGGGUGCUGGCCCUGGCUUCCGGGCCCGAGCUGGGGAGGCUGACCUUCCUGGGUCUCGUGGGAAUCAUCGACCCCCCGAGGGCUGGUGUGAAAGAGGCGGUCCAUGUGCUCUCCAAGUCGGGCAUGUCCGUGAAAAUGAUAACGGGAGACGCUCUGGAGACGGCCUUGGCCAUAGGACGGACCAUCGGCCUGUGCAGCGAGACGCCGAGUGCCAUGUCUGGGGAGGAGGUGGAGAGCAUGGAGCAGGGCGAGCUGGCUGAGCGCGUCGGGCAGGUAUCGAUCUUCUUCAGAACCAGCCCCAAGCACAAACUCAAAAUCAUCAAGGCUUUGCAGGAGUCAGGCGCGAUCGUGGCCAUGACAGGGGACGGGGUGAACGACGCGGUGGCCCUGAAGUCAGCGGACAUCGGGAUCGCCAUGGGGCAGAUGGGCACCGACGUGAGCAAGGAGGCCGCCAACAUGAUCCUGGUGGACGACGACUUCUCAGCCAUCAUGAACGCGGUGGAGGAAGGCAAGGGGAUUUUUCACAACAUCAAGAACUUUGUCCGGUUUCAGCUGAGCACGAGCAUCUCGGCCUUGAGCCUCAUCACGCUGUCCACCGUGUGCGACCUGCCCAGCCCCCUCAACGCCAUGCAGAUUCUAUGGAUCAACAUCAUCAUGGACGGGCCGCCCGCGCAGAGCUUGGGGGUGGAGCCGGUGGAUGGGGACGCCCUGCGGCAGCCGCCCCGCAACCUCAAGGACACCAUCCUCAGCAGAGCCCUCAUCCUGAAAAUCCUCCUGUCGGCCGCCGCCAUCAUCAGCGGCACCCUCUUCAUCUUCUGGAAAGAGAUGCCCGCAGACAAGGCCAGCACCCCGCGCACCACGACCAUGACCUUCACCUGUUUCGUGCUCUUCGACCUGUUCAACGCCUUGACCUGCCGCUCCCAGACCAAGCUCAUCUGCGAGAUCGGCUUCCUCGGGAACCGCACGUUCCUCUACUCCGUGCUCGGCUCCAUCCUGGGGCAGCUGGCGGUGAUUUACGUGCCGCCCCUGCAGAAGGUCUUCCAGACGGAGAACCUGGGGGCGCUCGAUCUGCUGCUUUUAACCGGCUUGGCCUCGUCCGUGUUCGCCGUGUCCGAGCUCCUCAAACUAUGCGAAAGGCUCUGCUCCAGGGCCAAGAAAGCGCAGGCGCACCAGGAAGAUGUAUGAUGGACCCCGACCGUGUAAAAACCCUAAAUCUCUAUUUUUAUGUGCCGGAGGCCCUCUUCCCUCCCUGCCUCUUCCGAGGGGUGUUUCCUGUGUCAGGUCCCACACGGGCUCUUCUGGGACACCAGCGGGAAGCGGCGGCCCAGCCCCCCGUCUGUCCACCGUGCUCCCCACGGGGCCCUGGGACAGCGAGGAGCCGGCUCAGAACGCCUUGCUAUUUAUUAAAUCCCGGUGAUUUUUAUUAA